AUGUCCAUCACGUAUGACAUCGCAAAGGGAACAGCUCAGUUUUCCCCACAGGAUACUCUCUACCACCAGCAGCAGCAGCAGCAGCAGCAGGGAAGUGAGUUCACUACAGCCGGCAGGAAUUGGCCUCGCGUGUUCUUUCUGACGGCAUGUAUCUCAAUGGGUCUCGUAAUGGCUGCCACCUUCCUGAACCUCGUCACGCUGAACUUCGGUAUUUCGACAUUCUUUUUGGAAGUCUACAUCUUGGUGCUCUGCUUCUUCGCCAUCACGGCAGAGUUCCGCCAAGUGAAGUGCUUGCGGUGGAUCAUCUACAAAUGGGUCAGGUACCUCUAUUUCGUUACAACAUACUCCGGUCGUGGACUUCUCUACAUUUUCAUAGGGACCCUGGUGUUUGGGGGCAGUAUCUUGCGCUAUGUGGCAGCUGCCGUAACAAUCGGCCUUGGUAUCGUAAUGUUCGUUGUGAAUAUUUUUGUCACACUGCCGCACUACGAGGACCCGGAGAUGAUACGUGAAGAAGAAGCGGCUCGGCGGGCCGCGAGGAGCGGUAUGGGUCAAGCAUUCUUCGCUCCAUCAUCGACGACUGCUUCUGCUGUUGGUGCUACUGACCGUUUUAACAGUGUCGUGGUGGAUCCAACGACCGCGGAUGCUGCAGGAGUUUACCGGCCGCCAGGCAUUAACGAGGGUCCCAAUGCGCUCUAG